CAUGCAAGAGACACCGGGACAGAAGCCGUGGAUUUUCUUUUCUGUCUGAAGACUGAGAGGGAAAUGCGUUUGAUCACAUUUUUACUUGACUCUCUCUUUUUUCUUCUUCUGAUGGGAUAGUUCUUGUGCAUAUUUGAGCAGAACAGGUGUAAUAAGAGCUCUCAAGGGCUCCUCCGGUAAUGCGGAAUGACCUUACGGGACCGUUAACGCGCGCUUACCGUGGAUCACCUGAUUCAUCAGCGACCACAGCAUUCCGAGCGCGCCCGACCGCACAUUGAUCAGCGGAGGAAAGUUCAAUGCAUGAACGAAGAUUGUUUACUUUCAUGCUGUUAAAUCAACAUUUUCCCCUAAAGGAAAUAGAUUUUUUUGGGGUAGGGGGGGACAGUUUUUUUGUAAUAGUCUUCACUGACCUGACCCAAAGCACUGAUCUAUACGGAUAUCUUCAUAUUAUUCUGGAGUCAAAUAAUUUGUCUGACAGCACUCACACUGAUCUAACGGAUUUGUCACUAUGCGCGAGAAUCGGUAACUGAUGGUCCCUGUAUGAACGAGUUCACAGUGAACCGGGGUCGUGUUUGGCUGCUGUUUAUCUACAAAUGUAAGGCUCUGUGAAACCUUAGCUCUGACAACACCAUAUGGAGACAACUGUUUGAAUUAAAGCAGCGGAAACACGCGUGAACUGCUGUCAUGGAUUUAAGGGAUUUUUUCUUGUUGGCAUCAUUAGUUGCUUGUUUUUGGUUAGAUCCAACCAUAGCCCAAGAGCUCAUUUACCCUAUUCGUGAAGAGCUACAGGAAAAUGUACUUAUUGGAAACAUACCAAAGGACUUGAACAUCUCCCAUAUAAACUCUGCCACCGGGGCUAGCAGUAAUUUGGUUUACAGACUCGUGUCAAAAGCCGGGGACAACCCGCUAUUAAGAGUGAUGAGCAAUACAGGAGAAAUCUUUACCACCGCAAACCGUAUUGACAGGGAGAAACUCUGUCCUGGCCCCUCUUUUGAAGACAGUGAGUGUUCCUUUGAAAUUGAAGUGGUCAUUUUGCCUAAUGACUAUUUCAGAUUAAUCAAAAUAAAGAUCAUUGUCAAAGACACCAAUGACAAUGCCCCAAUGUUCCCCUCCCCUGUGAUCAACAUAUCAAUUCCAGAAAACACAUUAAUCAACAGCCGCUUUGCCAUUCCCUCUGCCACUGAUCCAGAUACAGGACCCAACAGCGUACACAAAUACGAGCUGUUGAACGGGCAGAGUGCUUUCGGUUUGGAUAUUGUGGAGACACCAGAAGGUGAGAAAUGGCCUCAGCUUAUAGUUCAACAGAAUUUAGACAGAGAGCAGAAAGAUACUUAUGUGAUGAAAGUCAAAGUGGAGGAUGGGGGGAACCCACAAAAAUCCAGCACUGCCAUUCUACAGGUGACCGUCACUGAUGUUAAUGAUAACCGGCCUGUCUUCAAAGAGAACCAAAUUGAGGUCCACAUCCCAGAAAAUUCUCCUGUUGGAACGUCAGUAGUUCAAUUGCAAGCCACUGAUGCAGAUGUGGGGGCCAACGCAGAAAUAAAAUACAUGUUUGGGACUCAAGUGUCAAGUGCCACACGGAGACUUUUUGCUCUGAACUCCACCACUGGGCUCAUAACAGUUCAACGGCCACUAGAUAGAGAGGAGACUGCCAUUCAUAAACUGACAGUACUAGCCAGCGAUGGAAGCUCAAGUCCAGCAAGAGCCACCAUAACUAUCAAUGUGACUGAUGUUAAUGACAAUGCUCCAAAUAUUGAUUUAAGAUACAUCAUAAGUCCCACCAAUGGUACCGUAAUGCUUUCCGAAAAAGAUCCGAUUAACACCAAGAUUGCUCUUAUUACUGUCUCUGACAAAGACACUGAUGUGAACGGAAAAGUUAUUUGCUUUAUUGAAAAAGAUGUUCCUUUUCACCUCAAAGCAGUUUAUGAUAACCAAUAUUUGUUAGAAACGUCUGCACUGCUUGAUUAUGAGGGAACCAAGGAGUACAUCUUCAAGAUUGUGGCCUCUGACUCUGGAAAACCUAGUUUGAAUCAGACCGCCCUGGUUAGAGUAAGGCUGGAGGAUGAGAACGACAAUUCGCCCAUUUUUGCCCAGCCUGUCAUUGAACUGGCCGUCAUGGAAAACAACCGACGUGACGUGUUCCUGACAACCAUCAGUGCUACAGAUGAGGACAGUGGAAGGAAUGCUGAGAUUGUCUACCAGCUCGGACCCAAUGCUUCUUUCUUUGAUCUCGAUCGCAAAACAGGCGUGCUAACCGCAUCAAGGGUGUUUGAUAGGGAAGAACAAGAGCGGUUCCUCUUUACGGUCACCGCCAGAGACAAUGGCACCAGGGCUCUACAGAGUCAAGCGGCAGUCAUAGUAACCAUAUUGGAUGAGAACGACAACAGCCCUAAAUUCACACACAACCACUUUCAGUUCUUUGUGUCAGAGAAUCUGCCUAAAUAUAGCACAGUAGGAGUGAUUACUGUCACGGAUGCUGAUGCUGGCGAGAAUGCUGUGGUGAGGCUUGUAAUCCUCAACGAUAAUGAGAACUUCAUCCUUGACCCAGAUUCUGGAGUGAUCAAGUCCAAUGUUUCCUUUGACCGAGAACAGCAAAGCUCGUACACAUUUGACGUCAGAGCGGUGGACAAUGGGAGCCCUCCAUGUUCAUCAGCUGCUAAGGUGACCAUCAACGUCAUUGACGUCAACGAUAACACCCCCAUUGUCAUCUACCCACCAUCAAACACCUCUUUCAAACUAGUGCCCAUGUCUGCAAUUCCAGGGUCAGUCGUGGCUGAGGUUUUUGCAGUAGAUGGUGACACAGGUAUGAAUGCCGAACUGAAGUACACUAUUGUGAGUGGAAACAACAGAGGUCUUUUCAGAAUUGACCCUGUAACAGGAAACAUCACACUAGAAGAGAAACCCACCAUUACUGACAUUGGUCUCCAUAGGUUAGUGGUGAACAUCAGUGACCUUGGCUAUCCAAAGUCCCUGCACACCCUUGUCCUUGUUUUCCUUUAUGUCAAUGACACAGUUGGAAAUUCCUCAUUCAUACAAGACCUCAUCCGUAGGACAAUGGAAACGCCGCUUGAUAGGAACAUCGGCGAGAGCAGCGAGACCGAUCAGAAUGUUGACAACUUGAAAACCGUCAUCGCCAUUGUUACAGGUGCCAUGGUGGUAAUUGUGGUCAUCUUCAUUACAGUUCUGGUGCGCUGCCGUCAUGCCUCACAGUUCAAAGCCACACAGAGGAAGAAGCAGGGCACAGAGUGGAUGUCGCCUAACCAGGAGAACAAGCAGAACAAGAAGAAGAAGCGAAAAAAGAGGAAGUCGCCAAAGAGCUCCCUCUUGAACUUUGUCACCAUUGAGGAGAACAAACCCGACGACCCUGCCCACGAACCUAUUAAUGGAACCAUCAGUCUCCCGGCUGAGCUCGAGGAGCCUGGAAUUGGACGCUUUGACUGGAAUGCCACCCCUACUACCACAUUCAAACCCAGCAGCCCAGACCUGGCCCGGCACUACAAGUCUGCUUCACCCCAAUCUGCCUUCCACCUCAAAGCUGACACUCCAGUGUCUGUGAAAAAGCAUCAUGUCAUACAGGAGCUGCCAUUGGACAAUACCUUUGUUGGGGGCUGUGACACGCUUUCCAAACGGUCCUCCACCAGCUCCGAUCACUUCAGUGCCUCAGAAUGCAGUUCACAAGGAGGCUUCAAGUCAAAGGGGGUACCUUUGCACACCAGACAGGGAACUCUUACUCGUGCCCGCACUGAACUGAACCCCGACUAUCUGGACCUUCGUUCCAGAGCUGAGCUGAACCCAGAGUACUGGACACCCUGUACUCCUCUAUCACAGCGGCGGGUCACGUUUCAUCUGCCGGAUGGCUCACAGGAGAGCUGCAGUGAUAGUGGGCUGGGUGACCAUGAGCCAGUGGGCAGUGGGCCGCUCCUCUCACACCCUCUCCCUCUGGUACAGGCGCAGGAUGAGUUCUAUGAGCAGGCUUCGCAGGACAAGAGGACUGAAGCCGACGGCAACUCGGAUCCCAACUCUGAUGGACCUUUAGGACCAAGAGGUUUAGUGGAGGCCACAGAGAUGUGCACCCAAGAGUGUCUGGUGUUGGGACACUCCGACAACUGCUGGAUGCCACCAAGCCUGAUGUCGUACCCUUCACCCAAGUCCCCUGUUUCCUCUUUCAACAACCAGAAGGAGUGGGCCAAAGAGAGAUUGCUCAAUGGCCACACCCUGACCCGUAGCUGGAAAGGCGAGCGUGGAAGCCAGGAGCAAUUUGGGGAUAGGAAGACCUUUGGAAGCUCGGAAGGACAUUUUGGCAGUGCUGGCGGCGGUCACAUGGCUGACAUCCCGUUAGCCAGCCUGAAACCAUACCAGCCCACCUCUGGCCCAGACAGUCCAAAAGAACAGCAGCUUUAAGAGCUUUUGUUUUUGUUUGUCUCUUCUUUACGAUCACCCAAGCAACAUUUGAGAGCUUUAGUCCAUUUGGUCCUUACUGUUUUUUCUCUUUUACUUAGAUUGAUGCUAAUGCAGUGUGAUAGUCACGUGUAUGGAGUUGACUGUAGACUUUAUUGCUUAUGCUGAACAGUAUACUAUGCCAAUCCAACUUGCCGACAGCCCUCUGCUGAGAUUUUUUUUUAGCAGAUUUAUAGCUGCCCUAAAACUCCCAUGGUUUUCUCCAAAUUCACAUUAAAAGUAUUUGUCUUGAACAGAGACUGCAAAAAAAAAAAAAAAAAAAAAAGUUUGAGAUAAACAAAACUGUGCUCUAUGUAUCACAGUUCUUAAAAAAAAGGGGAAAAAAGAAAAACAAUAUAACAGCUGAUCAAUACAUACAAAUAUUGUGACAUGGUUAUUUUUUAGCUGUUUUGGGAACUAUAUUAAUCUACACCAUCCGAGACAAAUGGAAUUUACAAUUGAGAAAGCAUUGUGCUAAUAACACUGUUAGUGUAAAUCUUGUUUAGUCUGUCAUCGUUGAAGUGUUUGUAAAUAGGACUUAAUACUAACCGAUUUUAUGUACUUGUAAUAAUCUCAUGGAAUAGAUCCUUGAUCAGGACAGUUGUCUUUUAUCAUUCAUUGUACAGGAGACAUUGUUUUUAUUGCUUUUGUCAUUUACCUUUGUCUUCUGGAUCAGGGGGCCGCAGUCUAGAGUUGGAAAGCAAACAUACACGAAAACACACAGUGGGGCAAAUUCACUAAGCGGUUGCGGCACUUUAGAGCAUGCUAUUUCCACUGUUGUUCAGGACUUAUUUUCGAACCACACUAUCCAGUUUAAGCAGACACUAAAUGCCCUGGAGAAGCGCUGCAACUUUAGUAUUUAAUUGAAGUAAUUGCCAUUAUUUUCAAUGCCAUCAUGUCUCCUUUUUUUAUGAAAAUGAAUGCAGUUAACAUAGCACUAUUACCACCUGUGGCAAACAAAAGGUAUGUUUUACAUUUUCUAGUGAUCACUGCAAUAAAAUAUUAUUAAAUGAUAAAGAAGAGUGUUAUAACAUGGCAUAUAUCCAGAUGUGUGAUGUAGUUGUGUGCACUUUCUCCAUAUUAAAUAGUUGAUUUAGGUGCCUGGAUCACAGUGGUGGAGCUGUACUCUCUUAGUAAAGUAUACCAGAUUGCAGUAGUCUGCUGCAUCCUCUUCAACUGAUAUUUUUUAGCAUUUCUAAGAUGUUAACUACUUUUUGUUGUGAACCGGGCGCUAAAACAAUGCAGACAGCUCAUGCAAAUAAACAACGCUAUCAGCAGGCGCAAUAAAUUCUCAGUGAAUUUCCCCCAUAAAGUCACACACACACAUGUACACACAUGAACACACACCCACACCCCCUAUGAUGGAAAAAUAACAGAUGAAUUGCAGAUGAUAUUGUCAAUCAGUCAUGACAUUGCACAAUUUCCCAGUUUUUUGCAUUUACUAAUGCAAAAAUCUGGCGAACUUAUUUUUUCAAAGCUAUUUUGUAUUAUUGAUGUAAAUGCUCAAUUUCUACUCACUGACACAGAACGCUUGAUGUCUUUUCCUCAACAAAAAAAAAAAAAAAAGAAAAAGAAGAAGAAAAAACAAUUCAUUCAAUGAAAUGUUACAAUUCAACAGCAAUAGAUUUGUAAAUUCUCAACCUCUAAUUUAAAUAUGUCAUUAUUGUACAUUUCAUUGAAAUUGUUCUUUAAUUGAGAGUAGUAUUUGCAAACUCAAAGAUUUUUUUUUUUUCAUGAUAUAUCUUGUAUGCCCACGGUUUUCAUGAUGCAAGAGAAGUGUGUGUAGUUUUCAUGUCAGUGUCUCCAUGACAUAUACUACGUAUUUUACCGAUCCAGAAGGAUUUCCGAAAAACUAUAUCUGGCAAUGAAACGGCAUUCCCUAGUUGCUGAGUGCCGAACACAUUAAAUGUUUGUCAGGUGCCAAUAUACACAGUCAUUCCAGACAAAAAAAUAUAAAAUAUAAAAAUAAACUGUCCAAACUCGGAAAAAGAUUUUUAAAAAAAACAACAAAAAAAAAAAACAGAACAGAACAUGAUCCAAAUGAGCAUGUGCAUAAUUUAAAGACUGAAAAUUUAGUUUAUUUAUUUUUUUUCCUUUAAAUGUUUAGGCCUUUCUUUUAUCCCUUCUUGUCACAUGGCAUGGCAGCCAGUUCAAACAAUGAAACCGCAUGCUUAAAGGACAAAAUAGCUUUGUAAUGACUUAGUUUCACCUUUUUUUCAUUCAGUUUAUGAUUAUUAAUUGAUAAUGCUGUGAGGUCAUUCACUUUGUAUAGCACCUUUAUGUUUUAUCACAAUAUUUAAAGUACAAAAAAGGAUAUAAAAAAAGAUAUGAAAAGAUACAAGGGUGGUGUGAGUAUGUUUGUUGGUUGUGGGGACAUUUGCCAUCAUAGAUAUUUAAACAGUUACUCCUUGUUACAAUACUGCUACUGCAAUAAAUGUUUUA